GUGCUACUGGACACUCUCUCACCAAGGGGUGGUAAAAUAAUGUCGGCACCAGGGACUUCUACCUGGCCUUACAACAGCCUUACCACGCCUCCCACCAACCUGAAGGAGGCCAUUGACUGGGUCCUGAGGGUAACUGGUAAGGAUGGUAAAGAACUGAACAAAGACAAUGGUGAAUGCAUAUGUGGCCUGGCAGCGGCAGUGACUGACCUACUGCAGUCAGUACAACUGGAGUACAAUGGCUAUCAAGGUGAGUCUAAUGGCGCUGAAAAGAACAAUGGCCCCCCAAAAGGGAGAGUCACAGAGUGCCUCAAUGGACUAUUCUCUCUGGUACAGGGACUAGGUGGUACUGCAGUGGUACGGACCUAUAUAGACCAGCUGGCACAGGUACUCAGUGCACUCGUUGGGUGGAGUAGGAUAGAUAAGUGUCCUGACAAGGGCACGUGCCAGAAGGGUGUCAAUGGAUAUCAACAUGGCACUAAAGAUGGCUGCAAGUAUCUCAAGGAUGUGGAGGAAAAUAAGCCGUGCACAGACUGUGGGUGUAUGAAAUGGAAUGUGUCCAGGCCGGACGACGAAGGAACACCACUGGGCAGGAAGUGUACUAGGUGUAGUGAUAGUGGUGAUAGUGAUUCAGGGUGUAAGUGUGGUACUAGUGGUGGUGGUAGUGCCUGUAGUCCUGACAAAUGUCAAUGCGCGUUAGCAGGCAAAUGCUGCAAGUGUUGUUGUACGGGUUGUACGAAGUGUAAGAAGGAGUGUAUAUGUUACAAAGAGAACGCCAGCCUUGGUAUUUAUGAACAUAAGGAGAGCUAUGUGUCAGCAUAUAAGGUGAAACUGGUACAUGAUGGGUAUUUUGGUAGAGAAUACCAGGUUUGGCCAAAGUGGUCUGAUAGAAACACAAGUAAAAAGCGAGCGUUGGGUGCCCGUAUCUUACUAGGGUCAGUAUGUCUCAUCUGGAGUGGAAUUACCUAUAUGUAUUGGACUGGGAAGUACCAUUCAAGUAGUCCCCGGUGGAACAACCACAUCCUAGAUGGUAGUGGUCUAGAUGAUGGUACCCUGUCCCAAUGGCUACAGGCCCUAGGGUUUCCUAGGGGUAUGAUUAAUAAUAGUGGCCCUAGAAAUAGGUGGGAUGCUGUCAUAUGGGAUGGGAUUAGGGGUAUGUUAUAUUUGGGAUUCCCGGAAACUGGUAAUGGUGGUACUGCCCAUGGCGGGGACUAUGAUGCUAAUACAUUCAGACAACCAGCUGGUAUGAACUAUGCAGGAUACAUACAUACCGUAGACAGGGGUGCAUUUUGCAGCAACGCUACUGUCUUCAAGAAUGGUGACGACUCUAGUACUACUGACACUAACACCCACAAAUGUGGCGCCUUGUACAAGCUCUACAUUCUAUCAUGUGCCUAUUUUACCGGGUUACAGAAAAAGACUACUGAGAGUACUACUAGUACUACCACUAACACUCCCAAGACCAUCCGGGAAAUCCUCUACUGGCUCAGUGCAUUGCCCUAUAGUCAGGCAUAUAAACAGAUACUGGAGCAUUCCAAAGGAAUAUUGGAAAGGGUAGCACCAGAUGUCGGAGACAAAAAACAGCUUUCGUUCUACCAGACAGGCCGCUCAGCUCCCAUUACAGUACAUGAAUACAACCUCUUUGCCCACUUCCAAGCAGUGACCCAGUACUGCCCCCUGGUACUCAUAGGUAUCCAGGGUGGUCUCAAAGGCACUAACAGCACUGGUCCUGCCAUUCACUCCCUGUACUCCAACUCUCACUUCUCCUUCACAUAUCCCACUGUGUCCAUCCAAGCAUACAACCAGGUGGUACACUACAUUAGGGCUCUAUUCUACCAGUUGUACUUCCUUAGGAAGCAAUGUGCAGUUAAAGUGGCUCAAGGAGGAAAAUGGCGUGAGUGUAGGUAUGGGGAUGGAGUGCUUGGGAAGGAUGUGGUUAGCUGGAUGUGCCUGGGGUGUGACCCCAUGGAACAUGAUAGGAAAAAGAGGGUAGGGGAGUUGGAGAAGAUAUUGAAUGGGGUGCCUAAGGGGAAAUCAGGAGAUCUUCCGGGGGCACUAAAAGAUGUACUAGAGAAGAUUGGUGAAGUGGUGGUACAAUUGGGUAAUGCCCAGGAGGCAUUGGAAGGGAAGAAGACGGAGGCUAUAGAGGGGGUGAAGAAGAAACUAGAGGGGGCUAAGACGGAACUGGGGAAGGCUAAGGGGGAACUAGAAACGGCGGUGAAUGGGAAGGAUGGGCUGAAUGGGAAACUAGCGGAGGCUAAGAAGAAACUAGUGGCGCUGACGAAGGGUGGUGGUAGUGGAAUACUAAAGGAGUUAGAGGGAGCACUAGGGGCGGCAAAUAGUAAUGAUUUCGAUCAGGGUAAGAACAAGAUAAGUGAGGCUAUCAAUGGAGUACGUGAUGCAUUGGAGGCAUUGGAGAAGGGGGUCAAGGAUCUGAUAAAGAAAGAGGUGGAUAAUGACAAGUUUGCACUAGGUGUAAUAUUCGAUCCUGCAGUGGUUACCAACGAGGUAGAAAACGUCAUACAACAAGGUGUUUCCCAAGAGUACACCACACUACUCAAUGCCAUCAACAAUCUCCUUUCCAUCUGCAACUCUCCCAAGUGCAGCGCAUGUGACAAACACUCCACCAAGUGCGGCCAAAAAGCAGAGUCCACUAUCUGUGAGAAAUGCCUCCAACCCACUACCACUGGUGUCCCAUCCCCCCUCCAGGCAUUCCUCGAGGACAGGUUACCAGGUUUUAGUUGUGAUGUAGUACGAAACGAUAACAGUGAACAGCCAUACCCUCCCGCUGCAUCCCACUUAGGACACUGUAAUGGUUCCGGCCAGUGCUGCCCCUUGCCAAUGGGUUUUAGAGGGCACUUCCAGGAAGGAAUCACCCAUACCGGCAAACGCCUUUAUGGGAUCCUCUACUUCUUUAGUAACGAGAACAUGAUGCAGUCGUGUGUUUAUACACUAGUGAGAGUCACAGCAGCACUCAGUGCUACGACACCACAGGUACUGGGUGAUGUCUUUGGGUUCUUUAGGGGUGGUGUUGGAAAUAAGGACAAGGGAAUACCACCAAAGGGCGGUGAUGAAAAGACGUGUGAUCACACAGGGAAUCCCAGUGAGACAUCUGAGGAGAACAAGACUAAAUACUUUUGCGGCUGGUGUGCCUCUGGGUUACGGGAUGAAGUAAAGAACAUAGAGUGGAUACCAAAAAAGGAUGGUGAUGGAGGGAAGUACAGAGGAAGUGUAGGUGAAGCACUAAUAGGUAUUAAGGGAGAUAAAGGCACUGCUGCCGUCGCAUAUUCCGAUGCUACUACCACCACUAGUAGCCUCUCAACACUCACUGAGAAGUGCCAGUACCUCUCCCCCCUAACAGGUGAACUCUAUACAGUAGUCAGUGCCACUUUCGGUGGAACAUACCUCUCAUGGGUACUAUAUCUAUCAGAUGCACUUCAUUCAGGACUAGAGUCACUGUCAGAGGCAUUCCAACAGAUUGAAUGCCGGGGCUGUAAGGGACAAUGUGACCCCAAUAAGUGCAAGAAGGGUGAGCACGGACAAGGCAAUGGCCUAUGUGGAUGCCAAUCAAUCGUAUCAUGUACCGGGGUACUACCGGUAUUGUACAGACAUGGGUUCAGCUACGGUAACCCAUUCAAUCUGGAGGGGUACCAACAGAAAGAGGAGGAGAAGGGAGAUUAUAGUAUAGAGAACACGAAGACUACUAAGCGGUGUCACGAGUUCCUAGACAGCCUGAACAAAGUACUAGAGGACAAGCAGGCCACCUCUCAGGACCACCCCCUCACCAAUCUCCUCUCCCAGGUCGGCAAGCUCCAAUACGACAUACGGCUCCCCUGGAUAUUUGUUCUGACCCUGGCCUGGCUAGUGGCGGUACUCUACCUUGCCUUUGGUGCCAUAUGGCCACUGGACUGGGCACAUAUGAGGUCGCAUUGGUUACGGGGUGGAGAACACCAGUGGCAGUGUAUGUGGUAUAAGGUGAUGACGGGGAGGAAGGGGGUGGAGCUGAUGGAGUAUUUUGGAAAGAGAGUUUAGAGACAGUGUUCUACUAUGAUCGCCAUCUAGAGUGUCGUAGAGUAGUGUG